GCUGCAGAUUCCGCCGUCUCACUCACCUCCUGAUUGUGAGCGUAAGCUGACAACAACGCGAUGGAGCAGGGAAAUGAUGGAUCAUCUGGAGCUGGACCGUCGGGAUCUUAUCCCGCACAUCAUUCUGUCCCAUUGGCAGGCUCAGUCCAACAUGCGGCUCAACACGGCCACGUCCAACCUCAUGGACCAACUGACUCUCCCGCCGCUGGUCCAAGUCGGAUCACCCUGCGAGCUCCUCGUCCGGCUCCUUCCAACAUCACCAUUGGCCUCGGGGCGUCUCCGCCCACCGCGACUCGUUUGAGACGUGGAGGGGGAGGUGUACCUCGGAGUGCAGCAGCGGCGCAUCACCACAAAAGCAAGGUGCAAAAGCUCAAGCUCAAGUUAGGGACGGGUUCAAAGUCUGGCGAGAAGAGGGAAAUGUCAUUCCUCGGGGAAUACGAUAGGGAACUGGACGAGAAUCCAGAAGAUCCAUUGGCAUUUGAAGAGCAGUUCAUCUUACGUGUACCGGAGAAACUGGCUGGUGGACCUAAUGGCCUUCGAGAAAUGGUCAAGGGCAAAGCUAAAGGAUUGGAAGGUGUCGAAUUCAAGUUCUUAGACUCCAGACGCGCCGCAUUCAAGAUCAAUGGUGUGACUUAUUCCUCCAAGCUCGUCGACUUGCCGUGUAUUAUCGAAUCGCAAAAGACGCAUGAUAAUCGACACUUGUUCAAGGUCGCGGAUAUCUCUCAGAUGCUCAUCGUUGAACAGCCUAAAGACGAAAGCGCCAUCACAUCUGCCGCACUGUCUGUGGAAGACUAUAUUUGGCCUCAUGGAUUGACACCGCCCUUGCGACAUGUUCGUAAACGGAGAUUUCGUAAACGUCUCAGUCGGCGAGCUAUCGAAGUGACCGAGGAACAGGUCGAAGACCUGUUGAAAAAAGAUGAAGAGGCGGAAUCCACAUCUUUUGACCUGAUAGAUGCACACCCGAAUCCUGAUAUUCCAGAUUCCUACUAUAUCGACUACGAUCCGGACGCGCAAUGGCACGGAUCAGAGUACGGUGAAUCGGAAGUUUAUGAGGAUCCUGGGAGCGUCGCUGCGUCAGACUGGAUGGAUGGUGAUCCAAGUCAGACACCGGGCCAGUCCGUCCGAGACGAAGACGAUUCGAGUGAAGAGGGUGACCUUGACAAGGAGUUUGCCGCUGCACUCAUGGAGCAGAUGGAGCAGGGCUCUGGCUCAGAUGCAUCAGACGAUGGUUUAUCGGCUUCGGAAGAGGACGACGAUGAAGAUGAAAAGUCUGAAGAUGAUGACGAGACGGCGGAGAAAAAGGUCAAGAUUCGCCAGCUAACCAGCGAGAUCAAGGCACUUGAGGGAGCCAUUGAGAAGAAGCGAGCUGGAUUCACGGGUGGCAAUCCUAUCAUGCAGAAACGGUUUGACGAGACGAUCGCGGGUCUUCAAGCAGAUAUCAAGACAAAAAUGGAAACGCGACAGGGACUGGUCGAUGAGUUGGAUCAAGUCACUGCAGAGAAGCAAGAACGUCGGAGAUCUUCUACCACCAAGGCUGUUGCGACACCUGGGGAAGACAUGGAAGUGGAUGCAGAGGCAGAGGGAGAGGAUGGCACGCCGGCAGUACUGGAACCUAGUCGAGAUAUUCCAUCUGCGGCCGAGACGCCUGGAUCGCCACUUGAAGCUGAUGAGGAAGACCUCUUCGGCGAUUCGGAAGCGAGCGGAGCGGAGGGGGAUGAUGGGCCACCCGAUUCUCAAGAUGCUGAUGGGGAGGGCGAAGGAGACGAUGCGGAUGGAGAGAGCGAUGUAGAGGAUGGUGGAGACGAUGAUGGUGAUGGCGAUGGUGAUGGGGAUGGGGACGGUGAUGACCCGAUGCUUGGAGAUGACGGCGAAAUGGCAGCAAUGCUUCAAGCUGAGCUUGCCGAUUUGGCUCCCACCCCACUGGGCGACUCUGAUCCUUUUGCCAACAUGACCCAUACCCCCGCCGCCGCUGGAGAAGGUUUGAACGACGUUGAACAAGCGGAUAUGAAUGUCGCUUUGGAAGGCAUGGAUCAACUAGGAUAUCCUUCCACACCGGUGCCUGCGAACCCUGGAUCCGACCUGGGUUUCUCAUUUGGAGGUGUAGAAGGAGGCGUAGGGAUGAGACGGUUGGCCAGUGGUGUAGCUGAAGAGGACGACGAUGGGGAUAGCUCUGAUGAUAGUGAUGAUGAUUAGGGG